AUGCAAUCAUUACGUCAUCAGCCAUGGUUUUCACAUCAUCGAAACAAGAUUCUUGUAUUGAUACUUGUGGCCAUUAUGGUCAUUUACAUUCUCAUGUUCAAUGCCAUCCGACAUCGAAUUUACGAUACUAAUGACAAUACUAAUGAAUCAAAGAAACAUGACACAACAGCAGAACAACAAUCCAAAGAUUUACUCGAACAUUUAUUAUCUCAACUCAAAUCACAAAAUGAACAAUUACGACAUCAAGUUGUAACUUUACAACAAGAAUUAAAAGUUGCAAAAGUAUUCAAUCCGAACAGAAAUGAUGACAGUGAUGACAGUACUCGUAGUAGUACACUUUCAACAACAACAACUCAUUCUUCUACAACACUUUCAACUCCUUCUUCUUCAACACUUUCUACAACACUUUCAACUCCUCCUCAGUCUCCUUAUAAUGAAUUUGAAUAUUGGAAUCGAAAUUAUUACAUUCGAUCCGAUCCUCAUCGAAAUGCUUGUUCCAAUGAUAUUGGAUUUGGACUUGUGGAGAGAUGGAGAAAUGCAGAGAAAUUAAUUUGUGGGAUUGAUUCAUCUAUUACUACCACAACUACUACUGAAACUACUACUACAACUACUUUAAAAAAACCUUCUACAACUUUUACUACAACUUCAUCAUCAAUUGCUCCAUCCAAAGUCUUGAUGUAUCGCAUUCAACAAACAAGACAUGUGGCACAAGAUAACUUUAUUCGAAUAUUGAACAUGAUUGUUCCAUUAAAUUCAUUCUCUGGAAAUGGAUUCUCAAAUGGAUGGUAUGCCAAUUGUGAAAAAGAUACUUCUCUAUGGGUCGAUCAUGAUCAACGAUUAUUUCAAUUACAUUUGAAUCAUUGGAUGCGAGCAUUUAGAGGAAGUACUAAUUCGAACAAGAUUCAAAAAUGUGAUCAAAUCAUUUCAAAGAGACUUGUUCUUGUUCAGAGAGAUGGUGAAUUUAAUUUAUUUCAUUCCAUGACUGAUUUUGUGAAUAUUUUCAUUAAUUAUUUAAUGAUUUUAGGAAAGAAUGUCCAAGAGGGUCGAAUUCCCAAUGAUUCGACGAAUGAAAAUGUUGAGUUUUUUGAUCAUUUUGUCAAGAAUAGUCACAUUGUUCUCUUGGAUCAUUAUCAGAAAGGAUAUUAUUAUGAAAUUUUAGAGAAAUUGGGAGAUCAAGUGUUCACUCAUUCUGAAUAUAAGAAAUAUUUGCAAGAAGAGUAUCCACAUCUGAAAAUGGAUAGUCUUGUUUGUUUUGAAGAGGUGCUCAUGGUGACUCCUGGAGGAUCAUGUUUUUUGAUGAAAGAUGCAUGGAGACCCAAUCCAUGCCGUGAAUCGGACAUUCUCAAAGCCUUCUCCACCUAUAUCACUCGAAAAGUACUACAAGGACAUCAUCUCGUUCGUAGGAGAGGUCAUCCCCAUCAAGAUCCCAUUAAAAUUGUAUUCAGUACCAGAAAAGUAAAAGAAACAGCUGCUACCAUUUAUAGAAGAAUUAUGAAUGAAGAUGAAUUGAAACAAGCACUUGAAAAUGAUCCCAUUCUGAAACACAAACACAAUGUAGAGAUCAAGUUUAUUGACUUUGGUCAAGUUGGAUCCAUUCAAGCACAAAUUAGAAUCAUUCAUCAAGAGACUGAUAUAUUAAUUGGUGGACAUGGUGCUGGACUCACUCACACCAUGUGGCUUCCAGAAGAAGCUGUCCUUGUCGAAUUAUUCCCAUCAGGUUUUCAUAGCUCAUUCUUUAGAAAUUUGGCGAAAUGGAGAGGUAUUCAGUAUUUGGCCAUGCAAAAUGAUAAAUCAGAAAAUGUGGUGGAUGCUCACAUGCAUUGGACCAAAAUUGAUCCUGAAGAGUUUGUUCAAUUGAUUCGUGCAGCAGUGAAUAUUGUUGAGCAUCAUCAUUUGGGAACUGGAAUUCAUGCUGUUGCAUUUGAUGGUACCAAUGAAAAUCAUCAUUUAUGA